AACCAUCUGACUGCAGAAACGCUCCGACAGCCUACCGCCAUGGUAUUUCACUUUUUGCCUUUUUACCUGACAGUAAUCCUGUAAUUUUCACAAGCUACGCGUAAUUUCCUGCCCUGUGUUUCUCUUUGGGUAUAAGUACCGGUGAGUUAGCAUCUCCCAACUUCGUCAAGUAACAACACAGCUCCCCCAACCACACCUGAACAAAAAGAAUAAUGGCAACAAAAAUCUUCAACCUCCGCCAAUGCCACAAAUCUAUGGCCUGGACGCCAAAGCUCAAGUACCGUCCCUUCCAGCCACCCUACAUGCACCGCAGAUCCAAUUUUACCAAUACGGAGUACGAGCCGGAAGAUGAGAGUACCUGCACAGGGGAUCAUCCACCAAAGACAAAGCUGGUAUACUAUCUAUUUCAUUAUCUCUGAUCCAACUAAUGAGUUCCAUGCUAGUGGGAGUUUGUUUUGAGAAAUGAUGGCCGUCUCGGCUCUCUCGAAAAAGUUCCCUCCUUACCUAUGUUUGCUUUGGUCUACAGAUCUCUGACUCUGAUUAUUAUAGCAAGUUAAAGACGUGGAGAUAGAAAGAUAUCAAGCAACCAAUCAAAUCGACAGCAGAAUGAGUAAAGGUUUCUCUGACGUGGGGAGCAAUGUCUCGGAGGUGAAGAGAACCACGGACCGCCUCGAGGCAAAACUCGGUUUCAUACAGUGGCAAUUAGGUCUCGUUGGCACCGCCAUCCUUGGUUUCUUUGGUGUAAGUGACUAUCUAUGUGCUCAUAUUUUAGGGCGCGUCUGGUCGUCCCGAGUUUUUCAAACCUUGAUAAUCACAAAACCUGAUUUGCAGGCUGCAACUGAAAUAAUCGCAAGUUGUUAUAAUUGGGAGUUUUCACACUCCUAGAGGUGUGUCUGGUCGCCUGAAAAAAUUAAUUCUAAAAAGGUCACUUAAAAAAAUCAGAAUAAUUCAUGUGUGAAACACAUUGGCACCUGUAUUUCAAUACUUAUUUUUUUUUAAUUUUUUUACUUCCACUAUUGGUAGUGGGAGUGGGUUAUUGGAG